UAUUGUGGUUGGUUCUGUGUUUCUUGCCUUGAUUCCGGCUGAGUCCUUUGCGAUUCAACCGGCUGUGCUUAGAACUGUUGGCCUAGGUGUCCUUAAGUGUGGGGGAAGUGAUGAACCCAUGCUGUUGGUCCUGACAAGUUUUUCUUGGCUCCACCUUUGGUUUGUUGCUUUUGCAGGAGCAUGUCCCUCGACAAUCCAUUUGUGCAGAACUUGCGCCUGCACCCGGAGUACGCGGACCAGUUCCGCGCGGUGACUCAGGGGAAAUUGGCGCGCCACCACCAUCUGGAGUGGGCAGUGUUCGAGCAGCUCGACUGCAUACAGGAGCUCCGCGCUGCCAUCAGCCACCCCAAUUGGCGAACGCUGCUGACUAUCGAGGAGCCCACCUACACUGAGCUGGUUUGGGAAUUCUACACCAUCUUCAAGUACUACAGCAAAGCGCCCCGGGACACGUAUGCAGUGACAUUCAGGCUAGGCGGCUACGCCCGGGAGCUGACCAUUGACGGGUUGGCCUAUGCCUUGGGGAUCGAGUACCACCCAUUCAAUCGCCACGAGGUCGAGAUCCCGCACCCGACCGACUGGAACCAGGACGAGUUCUACCGCCGGAUAGCCAGGCUUGCCCACGGGUAUGACUACUUCGAUCCUGGCCAGACAUACGUCCGCACCCUAUCGUCGCAGUGGCACAUCCUGAACCUGCUCAUCACUCGCUCCAUCGUCCCCAACGUCACCGGCUCGCAUAAGAUUCCGAAGCGGGUGUUGUAUGCCAUGUACUCGAAGGGGUACCCGGAGCACAUGCUCCACUUGGGUUCUUUCGAGGCCACCACCUUCUCCCGGUGCCACGGGAAACCCAACCACCUCUACUGUGGCCCCCUGAUCACCCGUUUGGCGCGCCAUUUCGACAUCAGCUUCCAGGGCCUCCAUGAUUCUUCUGCACGGGGCGGCUCCACCCCCCUCAGCCGGGAAGUGCUCCACAAUGCACUCCUCCUGAAGACUAAUGGCACCCGUACCUGGGUAGAUGGGCUUUCCAUGCCUCCUGAGGAGGCUGUGGAUCUCGACGACGGCGAGGAGGAGGAUGAGGAUGAUGAUGAUGACGGGGCCAUGGAUGGCGAUGAGCCGGAGCCCCCGCUCUCUCCACCAGGGGAGCUUCGGCCACGACGGAGACCAGGGAGAGGUGAGUCCUUCUCCGGUCCUUCUGGUCCGUCGACCUCCGGUCCUUCUGGUCCGUCGAUGGCUUCUGGCCCGUCGAUGGAUUUCUUCACGGAGCAGUUCCAGCAGAUAGGGCUCCAGUUCCAGCAGCUCGGUCUUCAGACCCAGCAGCUCAUGGACCAUCAGGUCCAGUUCUACCAGCAGUAUUCGGCCCACCAGGCAGAGUACCAGUCCAGGCUGACGGUUGUUGACAAGCGCCUCGGGCGCUUAGAGACCCAUAUGGGAGUCACGGGUGCUCUCAUCGAGCGGGAGAGAGAUCGAGGCCGCCGAUUGAUGGAGUACUCGGAGCACCUGCUCCAGGCUUGUCACCCCCCAGAGGAGCACCACUAGACCACCCGGUGGGAUCAUUCACCACCACCACCACCGGAGGAUGGAGACGACGACCUCAUGAACCAGAUCGACUUCACCGGUCUAGGAGGCGGCUCCUAGUGACAUGUUUUGAGUGUGUUUGUUUUUGUCAGUGUGCAAACUGUCUUGUGUUGGUUCAGUUUCUUUCUUUUUAUUUUGGAUGCUGUACUAUUGGGUUGACCAUUAGACCUGACGUAUUGUGUUUGAGCUCUUCGGUUUCCUUUAGCUGUGCUUGUCUUGACUGGUCCUCUCUCCAGUCCGCUUCACUCCGACUAGUCUGCUUCCAGUCUCUUGCAGUCCGUGCAUACCGGUAACAUUGUUCCCCUUUUCCUUCCCUCUUCUCCAUUGAGGGCAAUGUCGAUCUUAAGUGUGGGGGGGGGGUGUUUAUCUUUUGACUGUGUUAGAUCUGUUUGUGUGCUUGGAGCCUAGUCCACUGUCCAAAUUUUUAAAUUUGAGGGCUCCAAGUACGUGUUCCUUGCAAUUGCCUGCUCAGUAUACUUUGAAUUGACAGUCUCUAUAGUAAUGUGCAACCUAGGGAGGUAGUGUAGCACUAUGGAGGAUGUUGAUGCAUUUAAGAAGUCUCCUUUCUUCUUCAUAUUGUGUUGGUUGAUUGUGGGAAUUAGUGAUCUUAGGACUCUUGAAUUGUGUGGUGAUGUGGACUCUCUACCUGUCAUGGACUCCUGUAUCAUGUUUUUGAAGUAAAAGGUGCUCGAAAAUGUGCUUUAAAAUAACGUCUCCCGUGCGAAUAGGGCGAAAGUGUGUAAGGGGAGACGGGAAUCCGUUCCCAAUUUUCACCUACUACCUCCAGCCCCCUUACAUGUCUUUCCCCCGCACGAGGCUCGAGACAUCCGCUCCUGGCAUGGCCGGUAAGAGCCGGGCUCCCGCAAAACCCCUGCUAGGUGGGAGCCCCCAUUUUCUGAAAAGCAGGUUGUGACCCUUGAAAAAAAAAAAAAAAAAAAACAGAAAACAAGCAAAACAGAAAGAAAAGGGGUUCCAACCAUCUUCAAGAAGAAAAUAGAGCACCUUAAGAAGUUGAGUCCAUGAUGUUUUGUUUUUGAGAGUCCAUUCGUCCAUGAUUCCUUUGUCCUCUGCUCACUAUUUGCCAUGAUGCCGACUCGAGACUAGCGUUCUCGCCGAAGAAGCUAUGAGAUGACUUGUGCGUCGGUUGACCUCGUAAGCUACUAAAUGAUCUAGGAAAUCUUCUACCUAUGAUCGAGGUUGUUGGUUGCUAUAGAGGUCUGAAGAGUUGCAUUGGUUUGAGUUAGGUUUGCUUGGGGGCAAGCAAACGGUUAAGUGUGGGGGAAUUUGAUAGACCAAUAAUUACACAUGUUUUUACCCCUAUUCUUGAGCCGUUUGAGAGGUUGACUCUCGUGUUUUAAGCCGAUUUCACACGAGGUUAUGUGUUUAUGUCAUAUUUCAGGACCUGGCGUUGGAAUCGAGGCGAGGAAACGAGUUUUGGGUCGAAACGAGUGAAGUUGGGUCGAAGUGUGCUGGAGAGAAAAAAUACCCGGCCAUGAACAGAAAUACCCAACCGGGUAUUAUCUGGCCAUGACCGGGGAUUUUCGGCUGGGCGUCCGAGAGAAACAGAAGGGGUCCCGGGCUAGAGGCAAAAAUCCCCUAUCGGGGAUUCUUGGGACAGACCGGAGAUUUCCCCCUGACAUCAAAACGUGCGUUUCAUUUAUACCCGGUUGAGACCCAAAAUACCCGACCGGGUAUUUCGACCGGGUAUCGCGACAAGCAGCUGUUUUAAAGGAAAAGAAGGUCAAAGAUCAAGGGUUUCGAGUUUUAGAGAGAUAGAGUGAUUCCUAGAGAGAGAAAGCGACGAAUAAGAGUUCCCAAGUGCCAUAGCUUGAUCUUCAUCACCUUUGGAGCCCGGCUUGAGCUUGGAGAAGUGCCGAUUGACAACCAGGAGCAGAAAUCCAUCCUUCACAGUAUGAUUUCCGCGUCUGAAUCUGUUUUUGCUUCUUUCUCCAUGGAGUAGUUCUCCCAUUCAUCUGGGUAUGGAGAACCCUAGAUUUGUAUGUUAGGUCUGAUUGUAUGAACCAAAGUACAAAUUUCAUGAGUUGAUUAUAUUUGAUUGAGGCUUGAAUGAUUGAAUGACUUGAAUCCUGAUCAAAUUCCUGUUCUUUCUGCUUUAACCUAGAAUGAGAAUAUCUGCCUAGGUUGAUAGAGCACCCUUAAUUGAAGGUGGCGAAUUGGUGACUUUAGUCGAGGAGCCAAUUCGCUAUUCUGUACCGAAUUCAAUUCGGUAGUGUAGGUUUGGUUCGUUAGGGCCUCAAUCUGUUUACUCCGGUGGAGGUUAGUCGCCCGCUGGAGACUCAGAUUGAGAGGGUCUGAAGACCUUUAGUCGAGACUUCAGGCUGUUUAAGAACCUUCCGCAGCAUAAUUUUCAUGGAAACUGAACUUGGUAAAUUGUAAUCCGGCUUAACUACAGUCUAGGGGGAACCAUAUCCGGGUGACCUCUCUUAACCUGAAAACAACCGUUUACUUGCUUUGUUUGUUUAUUAAUUUGGACUUGCACUAAAGUUUCACUGCUAGAUAACAAGAAUUCACCGAGUAGUCAUCAAAUCUAGGACCCGGGUUGACAUUAAAACCCAAACCCGCUAUACUACGCCUUAGGAAGUGGUUUCACUUGGCCAUUUUCUAGGGUGACAGUAGGAGUGAGUCAAAACCUCAGCCAUCCGACAUCCCAAUAGGCAAAAGACUCGACCACCUUGACUUAUGCAUAUGCAUCUUAUCAUGUUUUAAUCAUAGGCACCUGGAUACCCCCAUGCUGAUUACUCUCCGGGGACUACGGACCAAACAUCUCAUGGAUGUGGUCAUAUCGGACCCACCACUGUCAGUGUAGUCAUAUCGGACCUGACACCACUCUGGGUGUGGUUAUAUCGGACUCAACACCACUCUGGGUGUGGUCAUAUCGGACUCAACACCAUUCUGGGUGUGGUCAUAUCUCAUGAUGAAUCAACGAUCAACACCACAUCAGGGGUGUGACAUAACAUAUCAUAACGGAGUAAUAGCGCGGGGAGCCCUAAUUACUAUGUAAUUGACCAUGAGACCAAAGUACUCUUACUUGGUAUCCUUAUACAUGAUACAUAUCUCAUCUUGCUAAAUAAUAAUUCAUUACUUAGACAUGUUCUUGACCUGGCCACAAUUGGCUCAGCAUAACCAGGAGUCGUAUAAUUUCACUUCCUCGGGAUAAACCUCGUGUAAGUCAUCCUCCUUAAACAUCAUAAUAUCACCAGGGAAUAUAUAUUUUCCCACAUGUGCAUCCAAAUACAACAAUCAUGAAAAAUUGAUAAUCGACUUUAUCAUAUUGAAUUCUUGAGCUUUAUGUGACUAUCUCAUGGUAUGUUUAAGCCGAUUGGUGCUAUUUGAGGGAGAAUUAAUCCGGAAUGGUUGGAAAGUCAUUACCAUCUUGUGUUGGAGUUUUGGUGUGUUUUAGGUGAAGUCGUGAAGAAAUUUAUGAACUGGGCUUACAACCCAAAAAGUGUGGACCAAAUUCCAGUGGAGAGGAGACUUGGAGUUGGACGGGACCAAUAGGAUUUUGAAGGAAUUCGCAAGGGGAGCAAAUAUUGGAGCUGAACGUGGGCAUUUCAUCCAGGGAAACAAAGGUCAAUUUUUUCCAAUUAAAUGGACCAUGUCGUUCGGCCUCUAGUGGGGGAGGAAGGCAUUUACAUUUACAGGCCCAACUUUGCUGUACGAGGUCGGGGGGAAUUAAAGGAAGCUGGGAAUUCUUUUGGAAAAAAAAGAAGGCAGCAGGGCGCAGCAAAGGCUUGGGACGAGCGAGCAACGUCGAUUUGGCGACAGCAGCUCGGCGAGUGAUUUCUCCCAAGGCGACGUGAGCUAGGUUCAACAAGAAUAAGUUAUUUGGUUGUAUUUUCUAGUCUGAAUUAUUUGUUUAUUGUUGAUUUGGAACAUGAUGAUCAAAACCAUAUUGUUUUAUCUUAGUUUCAUCAUGAACCAAACCCCGAUUUCUGGGGGAAACACCAUAGGAUGUAGCUAUUUCUAGAAUUGAUGGAUUGAUUCGUAUUUCUUUUCUUCCAAUCUCUAUUGCAUGAAAUUACUUAAUGCUUUGUGUUGACUGGCCACCAAUACAUUGAUUUGUUGUUAAUUAGGUCAUUAGCGACAGUGAAACCCUAAUAAUUGAACAUAUUUCAUGUGACAUAGUAACUUAUCGAAGCGACGGUGGAUUAAAUAAGGUGCUAUGCGGUCUUUAAUAGGAUAUCGAUCUUCAGGCUAAAUAAUUAAGUCAUUGAGCUACGACAGUAGGAUUUUAUUUAAUUGUUUAGUACGUAGUAAUUCCCGACAGGGAUAGCUAGCACAUUCGUGAUAUCUUGGCUAUAGAGAGUUGGAUUAAAUUGAUUGGAAUAUGUGAAUUAAUCGGAUAGGAUAGGUAGUGAGUCCCGGUGUUUCUCCCAGAGCUUUCUCCCACUGAAUUUCUCCCGACAAGUUUACUUUGCCUAAUUAGUUUAAUUAUUUUACUAUUAGUUAAUAAUUUCAUCAACCAAACCAUUUUUUCACUUAUAGUUUGCUCCAAAGAAUUGAUAAAUUAUAAGGUUGUACCAGUCCCUGAGAGACGAUACCCAGAUUUUCGGUUUUACUACAAGAUAGGAAUUGGCAUUACGCUUUUGCCCUACAAAAAAUCAUACCCAAUCACCUUCUCGAACCAUCAUAAAACAUAUUAACAGUCAAGCCCACAAUUUUCAACAUAUACACAAUCAUCAGCAUAAACAAUGUCCAUAUCGACUAGGACAAGUCAAUAAUAUCAUACAACAAUCCAUGAUUCAUCAUAUAGCAGAAAAGUUCAUACACCCCUAAUCAUGUCAUUCUAGUUCACCUAGGUCAAUUCUAAGCAUCAAUAUAAUUAUCGUGAUACG